AUGCCCGCCAUAUUCGCCGCCCUCUGUCAGGAGUACCGGCGGCAGUACAACCUGGAGCCGCUGGUGAAGGACGAGGCGGAAGUGGAGGAAACGGGCCGCGUGCGCGCAACGGUGGAUGAAAAGUGCCCGCAAUGCGGACACCAAGGCAUGGAGUUUUACACCAUGCAGCUGCGGUCAGCGGAUGAGGGUCAGACUGUGUUCUAUGAGUGCCCAGACUGCAAACACAAGUACUCCACAAACACUUAA